GUGUGUAAGGAUGUGCGUGUGUGCCUGAGAGCCAAGUUGGAGGAGCCGUGAGGACUAAUGGAAGAGUUGGCCCCGGGCAACCGCUGGGCAGCCUCUAAAACCGCGCUCCCCACCGUGGGCCCCGGGCUGAGCUGGGCAGGUCUGGGGACCGACGGGAGCCUCGCGUCGCUCCGCGGAGCUCUCUGAGGGAAGCCAAGGCGAGUCGCCUGCCAGCCGCACGGGCUCCCGCUGGGGCUCCAAGUAGCCUUGCCCUGGCCGGAGCCGCAGCCCUCGGCCAUCCCCUUGGGCAGGGGCUCGCCCGCUGGCGGAGGACCAGCUCGGCUCCCGCAUCCCGCCUGCUUGGGCUUUUGGCUAAGGUAAAGAAGUCCUCGAGCGGGUGCAGACGCCUUGAGCUAGACCGGAGGCAUUUGCGGGCUCGCUGCCGGUUACAUAAGGACGCGGGGGGUGGGGGUGGGGGUGAGGCCAGGAUCCCCAGACCCGCCAUCGGGCCGUCAUUUUCCCAGGGCGGCUCCCGACUGGGCCCUGCGGGGGCGCGGAGCGAUUGAUAGAAGUGGGGGGUGUCGAUGAGGGCGCUGCUGCCUAUGCACUGGAGGAGAUAGGCGCGGGUGCCUUAGGCGCUGCUCCCUGCUGGGGGCCCCAGCGCCCGGCCACCUGCAGGCAGACAGGUGUUUGCCAGUCCUGCUGGCCCUCCCUCAGCCGCGGAGAUCCUGUCGGGUUCCUUAGCGAGUGACCGUGACCGAACAAGCCGACCGGAGAGCCCGCCGGGGAGGGUGCCAGGAAGCCUGUGAGGGGCGGGCUGGGCAGUUGGCAGCCCCCGGGCCUCCACCCCUGCCUAUCGGUGAGUCCGGGCGCUUUCUGCCCGUACAGAUAAGAGUCGUGCCCUGGGGAAGGGCGGCAGCUGGCAGAGCCCAGGACGUUCGCCUGGCUGGGCGGGGGGCCCGGGCUUGGGCCAAUGAUGGCUGCACAUACUUAAGGCGGAGGAAGCGCCGCUUCCGAGGGUGACUGGAUUAAUAACAACUGACAUUUUUAUAUAGCGCUAUAAAGUUUGUAGGAGUGCUUUAUCGUCGUGAGCUCGUUUGAGCCUCCUGCCACAGGUAUCAUCUCCAUUUUGCGGACGAGGAGGGAAGCGGUGACUCCGGAGUACAUCUAGAUAGGGUGUUUACUGGUCUUGCCUUGGCUUUAGAAUCCACUUAAGCCAUUAUCUGUGUGAUCCUGGCCAAGUCGUAAAACCCCUCUCAGUCCGUUUCUUCUCCUGUAAAAUGGGAAUAAUCGGAGUGCGGUGUUAUUGGGAAGAUCGAACGAGAUGAUGACAUAAGUAAGGCGCUUUGCACACCUUAAAGCCUACACAAAUUCAUCAUUAAAACAGAGGCUUGACAGUAAGCAGCUGCAAAAGGAGAAACCUAAAACCACCACCAGAUUUUGAUUGGACUCUGGGAGGCUGGAGGGCUCCCGUCUUCUCUCCUGGACCCGAACUCCAGCUUGCCUGGCGGGGGCCAGCCUUUCCGGCCGAGGGAGGCUGAGGGAUGGGAUGUGCAGCUGGGGCCAAGGUCAGCCCACGCACAUGAGGAGGUCAGGGUAGAAGAAGUUCCCAGCGGACCCUUGACCUCCCCUCCCCUCGCCUUCUCCCCUCGGGACUUCGCCAGUCCCUCUCAUCUCAGGAGAGGGCUUCUCCCUCCCUGGCCCUGCGAGGGGCUUUGUGCUGGCCCAAGAGGAGACUGUAGCCAUGUAAACCCAGCCCUUUUCUUGUUGGCAUUCCAGCCACUGGGGGGAGAGGCCGCCUUCGCUUGCCGCCUGGAUCCAGCUGACCAUCAUGCCCCGUGGUGCUGGAUACCUAAGUCUUUAUUUCUUGGUUUUCUUUGGCCCUCUCCUGGAAAGUGAGGCCCUGAAGGACCAGAACAAAGAGUGCAUCAUCACUGGGAUUCUCCGAGACAAGCUGCAGUAUAGGCAUCGCCUCCGGUAUAUGAAACACUAUUUCCCCAUUGAUUACAGGAUCCGUGUGCCCUACGAGGGAGUGCUCAGACUGGCCAACAUCACCAGGCUGCAACAGGCGGAGGUGAGUCAGCCCAAUCUGAGGUACCUGUGGGCUGCACUGAACUGCAACACCAUGGAGAUCAUCCAGAACGUUCUAUUAGAAGAUCACCCAUCCCGGAAUUAUAUUAAGGAAAUACAUGAACUUCUGAUCUACGUCCAGGAAAUUGCAAAGGACCUGCAGGUGCACCCACAGGUGGAGAAGAUCUUGACUCUUGCAAACUCCGGCAGGGACCAGAAACUGGUGAGGCCAAAGGCCCUUCUGGACAACUGCUACAAAGUCAUGGACCUGCUCUACUGCCUGUGCUGUAAAGAGAGCAACAUUCAGAAUUGGGAAGACUGCAUCGUCCCCCAGGCACAGCCUCACAGCCAUCCUCCCCCUCCACAGUGCGCUGGCCCAGCCACUCUGCUCUAUCAUUCUGCACAAGCGCAGACAUCCCCGGUGGGGGAGAGAGCGCCGAGGUCCCCUCAGGUGGAGGCCGACCCUUCCAGGAAGGUGCGGAUGGGGGAAGAGCGCAUCAUACCCUGAGCAAGGCCAACCUCUGACUGUGCUCCGGAGCCCAGCAGGACGGCUUGGGCUCACCUCAGCACUCGGGAGGGAGGCCUUUGGAGACCCCCAUCCCCAUCCCCAUCACCGCCUGGAGGAGCAGCUCCGAGGAGGAGACUCGCUCCUUCCGGGGAGAUCUCGUGCCCGAGAAGAGCUCGGCUGCUUCUCCCUCCCGGAUCCCCCCGAGUCUUGCCUCUCUCUUCUUCCUCUUGCCUCCGAAGCCCCGAGGGACUGGAGUGGGUGCAGGCCGACCUGGGCCCCUUCCCACGGACUCGGUGCCUGCCCGCUUGUCUGCUUUAGACCUCGUCCUCCCGGCUGGGAAAUGGAUCCCGAGACCCCGAGAGUCCCGCUGGCGUGGGGAGCUUCCUCUAGGGGGGGCCAGUGGGGGUGCACGUGGGGCAGGUGGCCCUGGGGUGAGCUGACCCCCAGCGAGCUCCCCCUUGAGUCAGUCCCAGAAAAGUCGGGUCUCUUCCAAAGGGCAGAGACCAAAAGCAGGCGGGAGGAUGUUGUAAGAGUGCUUCGGGCUCCUCCCAAGGAACACUGGGGCACCCAAAGGCCCUUGCUGGGAGGGGAUCACUUUACAGCUCCCCAGCAUGCCCCACCCCGAGCUGAUGGCCUGCGAUUUCCCAGGACGGACCUGGGAAAGGGAAGAGCGUGGGGCUCCCUGCCCAUGGAGAGUGCCCACUGUGCCCCCUGGAGGACCCUUCCCAGAGAACAUCCCAUGAAGGGAAGGCUGUGCUGCUGGGCUGCUCCAAAGGACCCGUGGAAAGGCUCAGGGGAAGCCCUUUGGGCCAGGUUGGGGGAUGGAGGAGGCUCUUCUGGGGAAGGAUGAAAGCUGGGGUGCUCUCCUCUUGGAGAGCCCCCAUUCCCCGAUGGCCACCCCCAUGAGGCUCGCCAGCUUCUGGGCUGCUGCUCCCCUCGACCAUCCGCAUCUGCGGGGGGCUGUGGAGCGUGUAUGGGGAUGGUCUGGGGAAGAAUGGGCUGUAUUAAAACGCCAUGUCUUGCCAUGCUGAUGCUCUUCCAUUUCUUUCAUUUUUUUUCUAUUAAAUACUUUUUUUUCAUUUUA